AUGAAGUUCAUUGUCGUAACUAUUUUCCUCGCAACCAUCACUGGCAUGGUCAUUGCUGCUCCCCUCAAGAGAGACGAGGUCGCUGCUGCCUCUACUGAAGGUGCUCUCGAGGAAGAGAAGACCAUCGUCAUUGUUCGUGUAAAGGGCGAGGAAGUUGAGGAGGCUGCAUCUAAAAAGAGAGACGGAGCUGAUGUUGCCUCCACUGAAGGUGCCUUUGAAGACCUCGGGAGAAAAAGAAUUGUCCGUGUCAAGGGUGAGGAAAUUGAAGAGUCUGCAUCCUAG